UUAUAUUUCCCCGCGGCUCCACCCAAGCUUCCCCUUCGACAUCUCCUACACCUUUGAAACUCAAGACAUCUCUUCUCAUGACUCCAUCAAAGGCCCUCGUACCAGCCGCUGAUCUUCAGUCAUUUACUGAAUAUCUUAGCGGCUGCAAGCGAGUCAUUGCUCUUCUUGGAGCUGGAAUCUCCGCAUCAUCAGGCUUACCCACCUUUCGUGGCGCCGGCGGACUCUGGCGUUCAUACGAUGCAACCUCUUUAGCAACCCCCGAGGCCUUUCAGAGAACUCCAGGUCUUGUUUGGCAGUUUUAUAGUUACCGACGACAUAUGGCUUUGCAGGCCGAGCCUAACAAAGCGCACUACGCGCUGGCAGAACUGUCACGGAGAAAUGAAGACUUCAUUACACUUAGCCAGAACGUUGACGGUCUGUCCCAGCGAGCACUCCACCCUUCUAACCAGCUACAUCUACUACACGGCAACCUCUUCGACCUCAAAUGCACCUCCUUCUACUGCAACUACACCCGUGAGAACGACUUCACAGACCCACUCGUUCCAGCCCUAGAUAUCCCAAAAAGGGCAUCAGGCCUUCAUCCCUCCACGACCGACAAGACCGGUGAAGAAGCAGCGAAAGCUAUCCACAAUGCUCUGGGCACAGGAGAAGAAGUUGACAUAUCCGAUGCCAGCAAUCCAAUCCCCCAUCUAAGCGAGGAUGAUCUACCUAAAUGCCCUAAAUGCAAGACUGGGUUGCUCCGUCCGGGUGUUGUGUGGUUUGGAGAAGCCCUGCCUGAGAAAACGCUUAGUGAAGUCGAUCGUUGGAUCGCAGCCGGCCCCAUUGAUCUCUGUCUGGUUAUAGGUACCAGUGCGAGGGUAUGGCCGGCCGCAGGGUAUGUUCAUGAAGCUCGUUCUCAAGGUGCACGAAUCGCUGUGUGUAAUAUGGAUUCUAAUGAUACUCCUGGUGACCUUCAUUUUGGGGAUUGGUUUUUCCAGGGUGAUGCUGGAGUCAUUGUACCCGAGAUCUUGAAGGGUGUCAUUGGUGAGAUUUAAGUCUCUUCUGGGGUAGAAUUGGGGUAGCAUUGGGAAUUGUGAUCAUUGGGAUAUGGGAUAUGGCUAAUGGCCAUUUUAGAUUUUGGGCGUUUCAUAUUAGCUUUGCAUGACUUGGUGACUGAUGGAGAAUGGAAAUUACGAGCAUUUUACGACUACGAAUGAAGAAACUUUGAGUUGAUGGUUUGAUAGAUUGAAAUGAAAUAUCACAUUCAUUGGGCGGAAAUGGC